UCGGUGCAGUAGUAAGUAAUGUCCGUUUCCUACCAGCGAUUUAUUACUGUGCGCUCGCUUCAACACAUGAAAGCAAAACGAAAAUUUAUAAAAACAAACAAUUCGUCGUCUUAAAUGUCGUAAUAAUCGUCGACGUAUCGUUACUGUGUCAGUUAAACUUUUGUAUUAAUAAUCGCAAAAAUGAAAGAAGUGAAAUUAAAUAAACCCACAUUUCAAACACUGCACAUUUGGUUUUGACCAUGUCCUUUAAAUAAAUUAUUCCAAUUUAGUGUGUUCUAGCACCUGCUUCUCACACCAGUGAUAGAAUAAGUGUAUUGCAGAUGUUUUUCAUAGUGUAUAUUAUCAGUACACACAUUUAUAUGGAUACAUGUGUACAAAUGUGAAUGUUUCUAAGUAUUGCCGCCAAUUUAAAGCGUCAACAUAAUAAAUAAAUUAAAUAUUAAAAUUAAACAAAAAUGUAAUAAAGUUAAUUGAAAAAAGGAAAACUGAUGAGCUUGCCGACCGCGGAAAAGAAAAAUAAAAACAAAAUAUAUAAAUAAACAAAAAUAGAGUUAAUUAAAACAUUAUAAAACUCCACGAAAAAAUAAAAAAUAACUUGAUAUUUAUUACUCGUUUAAAUUGAUGGUGUGAUAUUUCAAGCGAAUAUUAUUUUUUGUGUUUUUAAUUUUAAUUAAAAGGUAUUUGAAAAAUGUUACCAAACAAAAAGGAUGAAAUUACACAAGAUUCCUUAAAAAAGUGUUAAGGCAACAUAAUAAAUAAUUUUUAAACAAAAAGAGAAACAAAAAACAAAUAAACGACAAAAAUGAGGAUAAAAUUAAAUUAAAACAAAAAAUAAAAACAACGCAAGAUGCCUUUAAAAAAAGAAAUCAAUUUCAAGGAUAUAAACACAACAGCACGAAAGAGACAACAACAGAAAAAACAAUCCAAGCAGCAAUAUAAACUACAAAAAAGGGCCUCAUCAAAUGUACAGCAGUCUACUUGAAUUUGUGAUUUGUGACAGCAGUGAAACUUUUUAUAUAGUAUUUUAAAUAGAACAAUAACACCGAAUCAAAAUAAUCUGAUGGAUCUGAAUUUUUCAAAAAUAAAACAAAUCCUAAAAAAGUGAAUACAGUAAAAAGGAGAAAAACUUUACAAAAAAUCAAAGAAUUCGUUACACAUAUUCUAUUUAUUGCCAUUCAAAGUCUAAGUCAGUGUUGUGAAAAACAUCUAAAUACUUAUUUUUCAUCAAAAUAAUUCUUUCUAGUGUUGCCUCGAAUUCCUUAAAUAUAAAAUCGACAAAAAAUAAGGAGUAAAAAGUGAAGAAAAAAAUAACAAAUUAAAUCCUUUUAUACUUUAAACAACGAUACACAACGGAGUUCCUUCACCCGUAAAUUCCUUUUCUGUUCACAAUGUUUUUUCCUCAGCCUCCUCUUAUCUUGAGGCAAUUGUCGGUAGUAUAUGGAUGUUUGCUGGUUUUGAUUUUCGCGCAAUUCUGGGUUGAUGUUUUCUGUGGCGAGAAAUUGGCACUUUUGUCAGCAACACUGCGCACAUAUCAAAAAGCUGCCUGUGACACAGAUCAAGUUGUAAUUACAUGUCCACGUGGCACAAGUAUAUCCAUUGAAUUUGCACAGUACAAUAAGUUUAUAGCCAAAGAUGGCAUAAGUAUUGAGGAAUUAUGUCCUGCCAACGGUGAUGGAAUUGAAAAUCGCACUAAAGCUAAACACUUACUACGUGGAUCAACGUUUGGUUCGCCCACACAAAAAGUACCCGCAAAUCGUUAUGUAAAUGGUGCACAUUUAUCUGAAGUGGCGAGUCUGAAUGCUGUCUCUGCAGCGGAUGCGGCAACAACCACCAGCACGGCUGACAAUGAUGAUAAUACACCAGAGAACUGCAUGUGGCCAAAUGCAUUGCAGUAUUCAUUGUUGCAAACAGUUGUCGAAGCUUGCCAAAAAAAGAAGCAUUGCAAAUUUAAUGGUCGCCCACAAUUCUAUGGAUUAGGAGCCAGUGGUGUGGGUGAUGCAAGUGGUUCGAGUAGUUAUCACAGCAGCAGUACAAUAAGUUCGAGCAUCAUCAGCUCAGAUCCCUGCCCAAAGAGAAGAAAAAUUGUUGAAGUUGCAUAUAAGUGCCGUCCAUAUGAAUUUCGCAGCAAGGUGGCCUGCCACAAUGAUGUUGCACAGCUGGAGUGUAAUCCAUAUUCUCGUAUUGCUGUCUAUAGUGCAAGUUUUGGACGAACCGAAUACGAGAGCAUACAGUGUCCCCAGCCACAGGGUGUACGUGAAGAAACUUGUUUGGCUUCCUAUGCCACUGAAACCGUUAUGCAAAUCUGUCAUGGACGUCGACGUUGCAAUCUGGCCGCAGAUGCCAAUACGUUUGGUUCACCAUGUCAACCCAAUUCACGGAUGUAUCUGAAAGUUGUUUACACUUGUGUACCAAAACAAGUGCUUAUGGAUCGCUAUGAAACAGAGGUUGAAGCUGAUGAACCAGAAGACUUCGAGGGUGAUGUUAAUGAUUUGUACGAUGAUGAAUUGUUCUACAAAGAAUCUGAAGCAAUACCAAAGUUGUAUAGCAAUACAACAGCGCCCGCUGCUCGCAACAAUGCGAACACAACAACAGCUGUUAAUGCAACAUAUAACACUGCCACAAGUGCUAAUAGAGCCAAUAAUGGUUCGUUGGGUUUCGAUGGUGAUAUUGGUAGCGUAAAUCCCGUCAUGACACAUAGCGCCGAUAUAAGUUUAGAAGGCGACCAAGAACGUUUGUUUGUCUAUCUUCUGACGGCUGGUUCAGUGGGUGUAAUACUUUGUAUAGUUGCUGUUGCGGUCAGAGUGGUGCUGUUAAAGCGUCACGAGAGCGCAACUGACACCCAUUCAACCUCAUCCGGCAAAGGAGGAGUUGGUGGUACUUUAGGCGGUGGUGCAGGAGGCAACGAAGGAGUCGGUGAGACUACAAUACCAAAUGGCUUUAACGACACAAUUUCCGAAGUAGAUGCUGACAUCGAUUUACAAACGCCAAUUCCAGUGCCAAGUGUGUCAAAGAACGAGAAUUACAUGAGUUAUGCACCAACCACGAAUCUUUACGGUACAUUGGGUCCUUCAAAUACACUAAUGCCACAAAGUAGUACGGCGGGAUCCGUAUCAUCAAGUCUAAUGAGCAAUACAACGAUUUUGUGUGGUCCAAGACAAUCGCCUGAUAUUUUGGGAAUACCAUCCCAAGUGUACGCUCCAACAAGUGGUUCAAGUUCGGGGUCACCUGCAAUAAGUGGAAUUUUAGCACCGGCAAUUGUACUUGGUAAUGCCGGUGGAGGUUCUAUUGUUAGUUCGGGUAGUAAUGUUAUCGGUACUGUGGUUCCCAUCUCUUCGUUGGCACAAUACACAACAGCGCCAACUUUUCGCUCUGGCUACAUACUGAACAGUGAAAAUGUAUUACAAAGGCCGCCCAAUUUGAGUACACCACCAACAUCAAUGUCGAACAAUGAAACAUACCUGUGCCAACAAUACCAACAACAACAACAACCAACGAUACAAAUGCAAACAACUAGCAAUAGUGGUUUAACGUCAACGACUGCCACACUCAGACGUAUGAAACAGGCAAAUUCUGCGGCUGUUUCUACAGCAUCGCCUCCACCACCUUCGACUGCUUCACAUCACCACCAACAACAGCAACAAUCGAUGGCAGCAAGUUCAACGUCAACUUAUGAUGGUCUGGCUCCACGAACUUUAUCAACUGGGGUGGCUGUUAACUCGCAAUUCUAUUACGGAUGACAAAAUGAGCACAAUACAAUGUACAGUGCUGCGGCCGCAGUCAAGUCAUCAUCACCAUCUUUAGAACAACAAUAACAGCAACAAUCCAGUAAUUGUACUAGAACUAAAACUUCAGAUCCACUUAAAAAAUUGGCGUAAACGUUGAUAGCGAUAAUAUGCCAAUUCAAUUGAUAAUAAAAAGGAGCAAAAAUAAAAGAAAAGCAGAUGAAAAGAACAAAUAAACAAGCAAACUGAAAAGACAAACAAACAAUAAAAUAAACUGAAGUAAAUAUUGCCUAAAAUGGUAAGCAAUUGUUCUGGAAUGCUUGUUAUUUCAAUAAAAGUCGAAAAUUGUUGAGCAUUGUUAAGCUUUCAAGCAUGCAAUGAAAAGAAGAAAGGACAAUACCUUUACAUAAAUAUGAGAUCUAUUUCUGUAAAAAUAAAAAAAUAUGUAUAUUAAACAAAAAUACAGAAAUUUAUCUGGCAAUGACAUCUUUUCAUUGUUGUACAAUACAAACAAUAUUGCUUGGUUAAAAAGGACAACUCCAUGCAAAUCAACAACAUAUUGACGGCAUUGGUUAUUAACAUCCAACCAGCCAUUGAACCAUCUUCAGAAAUAUUUGUUCUUUGUAUUUUAUGUAUAUCUGUAAGUCCUUAAACUUAUCGAGAUUCAAAUGAAAUAAAUAUUCAUUGAAAUAAUAUAUCGUGCAACAAACAGCCACUACCACCAAAACAACCAACAACUUUAGAGUGAACAUUUUGUUUUCUACAAUAAAAAAUGGACGAGCUUCCGGUAAUGUAAAUACAAAUACAUACAUACAAUUUAGCUAACUUAAUAUUUACAUUUAAGAAAAAAAAACAAUAAUGUUGUCUAUAUCUACAUACAUAUACAAUACAUACAAACGUUUUAAAGCAUACAUGGACAGAAUAAUAUAAUACAAUAAAUACAAUGACAUUAGGGUGGCCACAAAAUGAUGAAGUCCUCUUUUAAAGUUUUUAUGUUUUAUUUCACAUUUCUUAUAAAGAAAUGUUAGGUCUUCGAAAGGCAAUUUCAAAAAAGUAUUAACAACCUUUUAAAUGCAUACAGCACUCUUGUAUAUACGUAUCGUGAGUACUUUUCUAUUAGUUAAAUACCAUUAAAAAAAACUCGUUUAUAUGUACGUAUGUUUCUGUUUUGUUAUGAAAGUUUGAUAAGAAGGGUACAAAAACUACGGAUAUGGUUAAACAAUAUUAAAUUUUUUUUGCCACCCUAAUAUACAGACUUACACAUUUGAUUUCUAAAAGUUGUUGUAGGUGUGGGUGUAUAUGUGCGUAAUUGUGUGUGGCGAAAUGUAUGAGUGGGUAUGUAUUAAAAGUACAAUCAACAAUUUAGAAUCAAUAAGAAAAAUACAUAUGUGAGUAGGAAAAUAGGUGUGUGUACUACUAAAAUCUACAAAAAUCCAAUUGUUUUAAAAAGUUUCAAAAAAUUUAAAAAAAAUCAUACGAUUUUUAAUUUUCCAUCCGAAUUUUUAUUUCAGUAAGUUUUAUUACAUUUUGACAUGUCGUUUUACUGAAUAUUAUAGUGUGUAGCCAGCUUAAGCAAAUCGACCAAAUUGAUAUGUUUAAAAUAAUAUUGAAAAACUUAUAUUUUUAUAACAAGAAUUUAUCAGAACAGUUUCAUCAUUGUCCAAUUAGAAAUUACUGAAUUUCUAUUUGGAACACUUUUAUUCGUUUACAUGUUAUUAAAAUAUAAAAAUAUUGGCAACUGUUUUAUUUUUUGCAAGAUUACAUACCACUGGAAAUGGAAUGAACACAGUAAUAAGUAGAAGUCUAGGAAAAUUUUUUAAAUAAAUUAAUAAACGUUUAGAAUAAUAAAUGACAUGAAUAAACCCUGCCAACAAUUUCUAUCCAAAUUGUAACCAUAACGUUACAGCUUAAAGUUUAAAACAAUCCAAUAUGAUAUAAUCUGAGUGAAAGAAAAGUGACCCCGUUCGGAAGAAACUAUUCCGCCUGUUUAAUACUUACUUGAUGUGUCGAUUUCGUUUCAGUUUCAAGUCACUUUUUUAUAACAUAAAAGUAGUAAAUUUUCAGUUUUGCCAUA